AUGGACGCUUCUCACAUGACUCCAGCGCAGACAAUGUCUUGCACGAACGAGCAACUCGACUACUUAUUUAAUCAUCUCAUCUUACCCUCCAAGUUACCAGGGCAUGAUGAUACCAUGGCAACAAACGAAGAAUUCCUCAUCAACUUCGUUAUCCAAUCCCUCUCACGCUUCCGGGAAUUAUCGGACGACAAUGACGAGACCGUAACAAAUCACUGUAUCUCCAUGCUGAAGAACACGCGGGAUGCUCGAGAUUCGAACGGCUAUCUGGAUUCUAGAAGUGUCCAGGCUUCCUUCAAGAGACUUUCAGAGCAGGCGGACGCUGCCUUAAUGUAUCAUAUUACGGAACAAAAUGCAGGCCUGAUUAUUCGAAAAUUAGAGACUUCAUACUAUUUCGAGACAUUUGACCUCUCUCCUACCAACAGAGCAGCUAUGACGACAAAAGGCCGCCUUAUCCGCGAAUUCCCCGCCACAGCGACAGAAAUCUCCGCCAAAGACUUUAACGAUUCCUCCUUCCAAGAGAACUUGGCUAAAACUCUCGUCAAAAUGAGUCAUCAGGCAGUCGCAGAGAUGCAGCCAAAGGUCAGAAAAGCACAGCAGAUGCACAAUGAGGAACGCGACACAACAGAUCCUCGUAUCGUCACCGAACUAUUGACAAGCUUUCUGCGAGGUGCCGGGUCGCCAGCUGAGAUUAAAGCGGUUCAGAAGAGGACGCGUGAAGAAGUUUCGUGGAAUAAUAGUAAAAGUCCUUGGACGAGAUCUCCGAUGUGGCUUCUCCUUCGUGUUGGACUUCAGCUCACCAUGGUGCGUCAUCCACGAGGAUCACAGGGGCUUUACAAGCGCUUUAUGGUAUUUUUGAUAGCUCAGGUUCUUAAGACUGCUUGCAACAUCAUCUGGAGUCGUCAAAGGAAAAGACGCACGUGGAUAUUCUCCAGUGCAAGACGAUUCAAAUCUCAAGAUGUUAUCCAACAUACUCGACUGACAGAUGUGGAAUUCGGUUGUCAGAUUCUGAAGUACUUAACUGAGAGCGUCUCAAGGGUUCAGGAGAAUUGGGAGUCGUACACCUCGCUGUGCUCUUUCACAUGCUUGGCCACUCGUCUACUUGCACUUGAUGACAACUCCCUGUCAUCAAAGCUUCUGGACCUCAUCGCAAAAUGCCGAGAGAUCUCUUACAAGUGGGUGAUACACCUGUUGUCUAAGGUCCAGGAUAUUGAGCAUCGCACGCAAAGGGAGGAGUUUCUCGAGGCGGCAGUGCAAAUCGCCCUCGUAUGCGUUGAGACAUUCAAUUUGAAGGGUGACUACUUUGAACAGGUAUUGGCUGACGAAGAGCAAGCGGCGAUACUGUCGGAAAUCUCGAUCAUCAUCCAUAACAAUGCCGACUCUGAACAGCUACAGAAGGAUGCGCUGUAUGGAAUUAUGCUCGACCGAUACAAAGUCGCAAUGCACAGAGCCUUACCUUUUUUGGUGAAGGAUAUAACCUCCAAAGGAAGUUUAUGUCUCGAUAAAGCCAUUGAGCGACGAUGGCCUAACUUUGCGCGAGAGGGCAAGUGGUCCAUGAUCUCCGAUCACUGGGCCACAGAAAUUACUGGAAACCUCCAAGUCCAUGUCAGCCUUCUCACAGGAGAGUUAUUGGUGAACGGAAUACCCGUCUCACGACUUCCUCAAAAGUAUGAGACUCACCGGGAGUAUCAGAAACUCUUCGGAACUGCGAAUAUGGAAGUCAUGCCCAGCAAGCUGCCGGGUAUGAGCUUCUGCGCGACCAAGACGUUCCAUGGGUAUACGGUUCAUCUUGGUAUGGAGACAAAGAAGGGCGUGGAUGACCUUCUUGUACAUCUUUCCAGGAAUGGCUUCACGUUGGAAUUAAUACCAUCAAAGAAACUCCAAGGUUACUUUCCUGGGGACUUCACCGAAAAUCACGCUCAUUGGUUUGAGGAGGCGUCUGGAGAGAUUGAGUUCUGCCACGUAAAUGACCCUUGGCCAAGCACGAAUAAGGAUAACUGGAAUUUACGAAAGGACAUUGGCACAUGGAAGUUAUCACUUGGCAAGAAAAGCGUGCUCGUAUGUCCAUCGAGUAAGCUUGGGCAGAGGAUCUCCAGUAUCUUCUUACGACUUCAGCCUGUCUCGGACCUACAUCUGGUUCUUCACAAACAAAGCAAGGAGCUUGAGGUCCAGCUACCGAAGCUCCGUCUUGAGUUCACAAUUAGGCCGGGGACACCCAACAUCAAGUCGCGGCAAUUUCGUGAUAUGGAGGUUGAUCAAAACCAAGCCAUUGGGACACUCGUCGGCCUUGAGAACAAACUCGCCCUACGAAACUCCCAUGAUUCUCAAAUCAGGUCGGUCAUCAUACCUGAAGGAACCGUUAGCUGUCAAAUGUCUGCUGACUACGGGGUCGAGAACCACGCCGAGAUUUCUAUUGAUCGUGAAAUGGCUAGUAGAGUUCAAACUUACAGAUUAGACCCUCUUCUUUGCAGGAUCAUACCCAAUGACAAGGUAGAAAGCAAAUUGUAUCUUGCAUACAUCCACGCCAUAACAUCGUACUGCCUCCCGGAUCCCUUCCUUCAGCGCACUGGGACCGAAGAGGCUCUCACUAUCCUUGGUUCCGCCUCUGUGAGAGCUCCUACAGCAUUAUCACAAGCGGCGUAUACAAUGCUGUUGAGGAUUGCCCAAUUAUCGCCGAAGAGAUCAUUCUAUCCUGCUGACCAACGGGAGAUGCAGAGGGUCCGGUGGCGGAAUGAUCUGAGCUACACGAUCCAAGAUGAAAGAUUCGGGAAGGAGGUUCGAAAUAUCCUUGAUAAAUAUCGCGAAGUUCAGUUCCUCUUUCCAAAGAACCUUAUACCAAGCUUGGAUCAACACCACUCAAUAGAUGAUUUGGUGGAUCGCGCCAUUCUUCGGACAUCUGGAACUCGAGUCUCUGGCUUCGGUGCAGAAGACUUUACUACAAAACAAGAUGUCAGAUACGUAUCAAGGGAGAAGAGCAAGUCACUCGAAAGGUCUACACGAACUGUAGAGAUGGCGUAUCGAGUCUACAACAAGUCAGGCACCCUUUCAAGACCGGUAUCUGGUAGUCUUGGCCAUCGUCUAUUCAGUCUCAUGAGUGGCGACGAACGUGUCCACACCAAGGAGAUCUUGCCGAAAAACAGAAUCGAUUACGACUCGUCUUGGCUUGAAGGCCCUGAGUCAUACUUAUCGAGCGUAUGGUUUCAGCUUCACAAUUCGUACAUGAAGUCAGUCACAUGGUUCGACAAGUUUGAGCUGAUGAUGUGGAUGGCCACAAUGUCAUAUUCCUCAGGGUACGAUCCUCAAGUUGGCCAGGCACUGCUGUUACUCACCCAGUUGCGAACAAUGGAUAAUUGUAAAUUAAUCGGGGCAUCAACAUACAACCUAACAGCUGGCUGCCAACUUCGAGACGAGGACCUACGUGCCGCCAUAGCACCACAUGUAGUCAGCUACGCAAACAGUCCCGAUGCUACAUCUGCUCGUCGUUUCGAUGAGAGAGGUAAGGAGUUUGGGCAAAGGCGAAGAGAAGACUACAGGAAGAGAAGCGCUAAAGCCAUUGAAACGUUUGUAAAACACCUGAAACAACAAUGGCCUUCGGAAGAUCCAAAAGAGCCGGCAGAUCCGCACAUGGAGUUGGCAUCUUAUAUUAAUAUGGGGCCUGCAAUGGAAAGUGCCCUCGGUAAAUGGAAACAGUGGCUGAAGAAUCUUCGCCUGAGGAAGCAUCUGGAUGCAGUAGCGUCUUGUAUGAGAGAAGGCGCACCGAUCGGGUGCAUACAGGUAUCACCAACACUCCCAAGGACCUUGAUCCCAACCAUCAGACCAGUCUCGAGAUUUGUGGCUACAUCAGAUCUUUUCUCUUCAUGCGGCGUCUUGCAUCACACAACUCCGCCAGCAUUAGGUCGACUCCUCGUGAAGUCAGAGAGGGACAGACAGUCUCACAGGCUCAGUGGUAUCAUUGACAACCUUGAUUCCAAGGCCAAGCUUGACUAUGAGCGUAGGUAUUUGAGAGAGCUGAAGGAUAGCCUUUCGAGUCUACACGGCCACGUCGAAUCUGAGUUGAAGGAACAACAGCUUCGAAAGCUACCAGGUCUAUUGCAAGACCACUUGGGGAGAUGCGGGUCUCACCUAACAAAGCUGCAGGAGACUCUGCUAUCUUCCCUGUCGACUCCAAGCACGCUCCCACACGCGAUGUAUACUGUCCUUGAAGAGGCUGGAUUCCUCCCUAGGAUCUCACCUACUCAACUACUGCAACAGCUCAGACCAGCGCAAUGGAAGACCCUUUCCGCUGGAUGGAAAGAAAGCCUAAUCCACUACGGCAUUGCAAUCACUUCCCUCCAACGAGCCAAACGUCUAAUUCGAUUUCAGUCCAGUCACGUCGAUUUUAUUCGUGAACUCGAAAACGGCGGCCAUCAAAGCUGGUGUCCCUUUGACCAUCCAGAAUGGCUACUACUCGAAUGCGAAAGCGAGAUCAUGAUUCGUGAUGUUCAGCAGCAGAUUGCAGGACAGAUGAUAAAUCCCCCUGAGAACCAAAACUCAGUUAUGCAGCUCAACAUGGGCGAAGGAAAGUCAACGGUCAUCGUGCCCAUAGUCGCUACAGCUCUUGGAGACGGGACGAAGCUUGUUCGAGUCAUUAUCGCGAAACCACAGGCUAAGCAGAUGCAUCAGAUGUUGAUUUCCAAGUUAUCAGGUCUCCUUGAUCGACCUGUGUAUUUGCUUCCGUUCUCUCGAGACACGAAGAUGAAUGUACAAACGGCUGAUGCUAUCCAGUGUCUCAUGAAACGAUGUAUGAAGGAGGGUGGUGUCUUGAUGGUGCAGCCAGAGCAUCUACUCUCAUUCCAGCUGAUGGAGGUAGAAUCUCGAAUCAGCGGAGACAUGCAAGUCGCCGAAGCAAUGUCGCAGACAAGGAAUUUCUUUGAUCGCUCCUCUCGAGAUAUCGUUGAUGAGAGUGAUGAGAAUUUUAGUGUCAAGUUCGAACUCAUUUACACCCUUGGACAGCAAAGGCCCAUCGAACAUAGCCCUGAUAGAUGGAUUGUCAUCCAGGAGGUCAUGGGCCUCAUGGCUAAGUUUGGUCCAGAGGUCAAGUCCAAGUACCCGCAUUCCAUCGAAUUUGACGCUCGGCAAAUUGGAAGAUAUCCCCGCCUGCGAAUCCUACGACCUGACGCCGAAAGCGAGAUCUUCAGGUUUGUUACUGAGACGGUAUGUGAUACUGGUAUGGCGGGUUUCUCUAUCGCACGCCAGCCUAAACGAAUCCGAGAUGCAAUACAGCGGUAUAUCUCUCAGCCUGAGCCAACAGCUGCCGACAUCAAGGCUGUAGAGACAAGUUCUCUCUGGACCGACAUGACAAGCAGAAACAUUUUUCUCCUUCGUGGACUCUUCGCAGGCGGAAUCCUGUCCUUUGCACUGGGAAGUAAACGGUGGAGGGUGAACUACGGGGUUGAUCACAACAGGGAGAAAAUGACCAAACUGGCGGUUCCUUUCAGGGCAAAGGAUAGCCCAACUCCGCGAUCUGAGUUUAGUCAAGCAGAUGUGGUGAUUAUGCUCACUUGCUUGAGCUAUUAUUACAGCGGUCUCGAUGAUGAGGCGUUGUUCGCUGCGUUCGAGUUGCUAAGCAGAUCGGACAAUGCCACUCAGGAGUACCAGGACUGGGUUAAGACUGCACCAUCGCUCCCACAAGCCUUUAGGAGCUUGGAAGGAGUUAACUUGAGGGAUCGGGUGCAGUGCACUACCGAAAUCUUUCCUCACAUACGAUACUCUAAAGCGGCAGUGGAUUACUACCUGUGUCAUCUGGUCUUCGCAAAGGAGUCUAAGGAAUUCCCUCAUAAGCUGUCAGCUUCUGGUUGGGACCUUGGCAAGAAGAAGGAUAACCCAACAACGGGAUUCAGCGGAACCAACGACUCACGAUAUGUUCUACCAUUGGGUGUGAAGCAGCUCGACCUAUCUGAGCAGAAGCAUACAAACGCCCUUGUUUUAGAAUACCUACUGCAGCCAGAAAAUGGAAUUUCAUUGAUGCCCCAACAAGCAAAGGGUACCAUUCUCGAUAGCAGUCUUCUUUUGCAGAUGGUGUUUAGGAUGAGCCCUAAUACCCGUGUUAUUCUCGACGUCGGCGCCCAAAUCGUCGACCUUACCAACCAAGAAUUCGCUAAGCAGUGGUUAGCCUGCUAUCAGGAUCACGAUUCCACUCAAGCUGUGGUAUUCUUCAACGACAACGACGAGAUUGUUGUUAUUUACCGUUCUGGCAAGAUAGAAGACUUCCAGACUUCCCCGUUCUCCCAACAGCUGGAUUUAUGUCUUGUCUUCCUAGACGAGGCACAUACCCGCGGAACGGAUCUGAAGCUUCCUGUCAACUAUCGUGCUGUAGUCACUCUUGGUGCUGGUCUGACGAAAGAUAGGUUGGUUCAAGCUUGUAUGCGGAUGCGCAAGCUGGGUAAAGGACAGACAGUGGAGUUUUGUAUUCCUUGGGAGAUCGAGCAAAAAAUUGCUCACCUCAAGGGUAAAGGUGCCUCUGGCAGGGAAGCAAUUUCUGUCUCUGAUGUACUUUUCUGGGCCAUCACUGAGACAUGUCUUGACCUGAAGAGGGCUAUGCCGCUGUGGCUUGCGCAGGGUGUCAGGUUCUCGAAGCAAGAAGUCAUCUGGUCCCGCCUCUCUGACAAAGACACCAAACCAGAUGAGUUUCUUGAAGAUGAAGGGCAAAGUUUGAGGGAGAGGUAUCUUCCCCAGAAGGGUUUGUCCGACCUUUCUUCACUGACACAAGGCCUGGAUGACUCCGUCGCAGAGGUCUUCAAGUCGCGGUGCGACGAGUUUGGUCUGGGAAGACUACGCACCCGCUCUCUGCAGGAAGAACAAGAACGAGAGCUGGCGCCAGAGACACAGCACGAGCGCCAAAUCGAAAAACUUCCUGCUCUGAAACCGGAUACCCAUAGUGUCAACAGGCUUCUGCAGGAGUGGAUAGUAGAAGGCUCGUUCCCAGAGUCAUCCACCGCCUUCCGAACUAUCAUGAAACCCGCAUUCCAAAGUCUGAGCAAGACCUCAGCAGCCAUUCACUUCGAUGUCAAGGAGUUCCCCGAGACAGUAUGGGUGACAAUGGACUUUGCGCAUACUGUCAAAGGUGUGUUUAGUGGCAAUAGUUACUCAGACUCUUAUCAACGGCCCGUGCAGUGGGUAUUGAGUGGGAAGAACGAGGAGGGUGUCUCUCGAAUGGUGGUCAUAGGUCCAUUCGAGGCACAACAUUUUCUUCCGCUUAUCGAAGAUUCGGAGCAUGUUACUCUCCACCUAUAUGCGCCGAGGGUCAACCUUAGUUUUCGACCCUUGGACGAUCUCCAACUUUAUUCCGUGGGGAAGAAGGUUGUGGAAGGGAUACCGAGGGACAUCAUUACGUUUCUAAAUCUCUUCGCUGGGCAGCUUUAUCUGUCGUCGUAUGAAGACUAUAAGCUAGUCUGUGACUUGCUUGGUUUGGCGUGGGAUGCCGCGGACGAUGGUGCUGGUGGUGGUCGUGGGAGUCGCUGUGGGUUUACAAAGAGCCCUGCGACGUUUCUGAAAGAGCUUUUGGAAAAGGUCAGGCAGGACUGUGGGACUAUUGACAAGACCGAUAUGGGAAAGGUCAUUGAAGGGGUGCGCCUGGUUGAAAGUGAUUUUGAGAACAGGCAUGCUAUUUAG